UAUAAAGUAUAAAGUAUAAACAUUGACAUAGUUUGAGACGUUCGAGUAUAUAAAGUAAAACCAUUGAUUAUAGAAUUCUAAAUCUAUCCUAUAAAAAUAUAUAAUCAGUGGUAAAACACUAAAAUAUUACAUUUAAAAACUUAAGAUAUAUUGCCACUGAUGAUGAGAUAGUUUGUCAAAAUAUGUCAAAAGUUAAAAUUAAUGAAGAGGAUGAAGAUUCUGGAGAUAAUUCUUCAUCAGAAAACAGUAGUGAAACUAGUGAUGAUUCUGUAGAAAUUGAAAUACCUUUCAAAGUUGGUAUGUGGGAUUUAAAACAAUGUGAUCCAAAACGAUGUACUGGAAGAAAAUUAAUGAAGUUAGAACUGAUCGAUAAACUUGGGAUGUCUGCUAUGUUUAAUGGUAUCGUUCUAACACCUAUUGCUACUGAAAGUGUUUCAGCUAAGGACUAUCAAAUCAUAGCUAAAUAUGGUGUGGCUGUUGUGGAUUGUUCUUGGGCACGACUUAAUGACACUCCAUUCCACAAGUUGCAGCACAGAAAAGCAAAAAAAAAYUUGCGAUUGUUGCCAUACCUUGUUGCUGCUAAUCCAGUAAACUAUGGUCAUCCUAGUAAGCUAUCUUGUGUAGAAGCUUUAGGUGCCGCCAUGUACAUUGCUGGUUUCAAAAAAAUUGGUGAUUUGUUCAUGUCCAAAUUUAACUGGGGUCCAACAUUUAUACGCCUCAAUCAAGAAUUAUUUGAUGGCUAUGCUAAAUGUAAAGAUGGGAGAGAAAUUGUUGCUUAUCAAAAUCAAUAUUUAGACCAACUGGAUAAUGACCAUUGUGCCAGUAACAGUAUAGAAUCAAGCAGUGAGUCUAGUGAGGAUUAUGAAGAAUUAACUGUUUGAAAUUKAUAAUUUAAUUUAUAAUAUAAAAUAUACAUUUUUU